AUGGCUUGCAAUGAACCUUUUUCAAUAUAUUAUGGUGGAAAAAAUGACAUUGAUCGACAUAUAAAGGAAAAAGAACACAUCAAUAACAUGAAAUCAUUUAGUAUAAAUCGACUAUUGAUAACAUUAACAAUGAAGCCAAAUAAGGAGAGUGAAGAAAUAGCAGCUGCCGAAGGUAUAAUUGAUCUGAUCGAAGAUGCCAAUGAAUCAGUCGCGAAUACCUUUGAAAAUCUUAUGACUGCAAUAAAAAACUCUAGUUUGCUCUUGGAUGGUCUUACAUCAAUCGGAGCUGAUAAUACAAAUGUUAACAUGGGUAAUACUCAUAGUGUCUAUACAUUGUUUCAUAAUCAAAUUGAAAAUCUAUUUAAAUGUAAACUGAGUUAA